CACACACCCCCGCGUCUCUAGCUAUAUCUAACCGCAUCCGUCCAUGUGAUCGGGAAUCCAAGAUUGAGAGAGAUAGCCAGAAUUUCAGUCGUCAUGCGGUGGCCGCGGGGGCCAUGGAAGCCAGCCUCCCAGUCCGGCGAGCCCGAGGAUGAGGGACUGGACCCGGCGGUGGAUCACCAUCGCCACUUCCACGUGGAGCACGGCGACGUCGAGACCGAGUCAGCGUCGUCGGAGCACUGGCCGGUGCUGCCGGUGGAGGAGGCGGUUCACGUCGAGGACCCCGCGGCAGAUCAGAGCGGCAGCGAGUCCGGCGAGGCGAGCAGCAGCAGUGAGAGCGAGGAUGGUCAUCGGGGCGGCGGAUGGAGGAGAUCGGGGCGAGGACGGAGGAGGAGGAGAGGUAGGGGGAGCCCGUUAAGAGGGCUGCCGGUGCGCACGUUUGUCGGCGCCGCCGCCGCGGUGCUGCUCGCGCUCGUGGCGGUCGUGGCGUCGUGGAGGAGGAGGCGGCGCCAGCCGGCGCCGGGCAGCUGAUGGAUGACGCGCGUCCUUGUCGCGCGCGCGGCUGUAUUAUCGCCCGUACGACAUCGUUCAUACUCAGGUUGUAUUCUUACGUGUAUACAUCCGUCUAGAUGUUGUGCCAAGUGUAGGUACGUCCGUGGAUGAUUUGGUGUGAAAAUUAACUUAGUUUUCGGUUAGAUGACGUCCCAAUCACGAAUUAUAACACAAAUUU